UUCGAGAGCCUCAGAAACUAUUGAACUAUUAAAGUACUCUGGACUGUCUGUGGGCAAACCUUAUCAAACAAAAACAAAAAACAGCUGAGCAGAGCCGUAGAGAAAGAAGAGUGUAAAGCGCGUGUGCAAAAAAGCACAAGAGAUACACAAAAAGAAGCAGCGGAAAAUUUUGGAGACCAAACAAAGCGAUUAACGUAAAGCUUUUACGUCAAACUUUGCCCAGCAACCACAAAAUUGUGCCCAAUUUAUACGCAUUCCUCAAGAUGAGCGGUUCAGUGUUGAGCAUGGCGCGUCCGGCUGCCACCACCAACGGCUGCGGCGGCAAUGCAGCUCUGCUGGCCAAGCAGCUCAGCAUCACCAGCAACGGAGGGGCCAAGACCACGGUUACACCGGCUAUAGUGCCGCCCAAGCAGCCCCAGCUGGCCGCCAAGGUCAUCCAGCAGUCGCAGAUCGUCUGCUUUGACGUCGACUCCACCGUCAUCUGCGAGGAGGGCAUCGACGAGCUGGCCGAGUACUGCGGCAAGGGCACCGAGGUGGCACGCGUCACCAAGGAGGCGAUGGGCGGUGCCAUGACCUUCCAGGAUGCCCUCAAGAUACGGCUCAACAUCAUCCGACCCAGCCAGCAGCAGGUGGUGGACUUUAUCCGCGAGCGUCCCAGCACCCUGAGCAAGAAUGUGAAGCGCUUUGUGGCACAGUUGAAGGCGGACGGCAAGCAGGUGUAUCUCAUAUCCGGAGGCUUCGAUUGCCUGAUUGCCCCUGUGGCCACCGAGCUGGGUAUCCCCCUCGCACACGUGUAUGCCAACAAAAUGCUGUUCGACUACCAGGGCGCCUACGACAGCUUCGACAUCACACAGCCCACCUCCCGCUCCGGCGGUAAAGCGGAGGCCGUCGCCAUGAUCAAGCAGCAGCACGCCGACGACGCCCUCAUCACGAUGCUCGGCGAUGGGGCCACCGAUCUGGAGGCAGUGCCGCCCGCCAACUACUUUAUCGGCUUUGGCGGCAACGUGGUGCGGCCCGAGGUCUACAGACGGGCCCAGUAUUACGUAACCGACUUUGAACAGCUGAUGGGCGGCCAGUGAUGGAGCAAUGGCGUAAUAGAGCGGGCGGGCAGGGGGGUGGCGAGUUUUUUUUGGUUAAAUUACUUUCAACCGUGCUCAUAUAGUUGAAAGAAUUGUUGACCCUCCCGUCUUGCUCGUGUUAAAGCCACCUCCUAGUGGCGAAUUAAGUAUUUCAAAAAAUCAACGUGUUAUAGUUCAUAGUGAAUGUUGUUGUCCACGUCUGUGUCUUGAGUGUGUAUGCAUGUAAAAUACGAUAUAUCUACUAGUUUGUAGUCCAUUGCUAAAACAAUAAAAGCGAUAGUAAAAUUAUGGAAAACUAAAA